CCGGUUGCCAUGGCGAGCGCGGCGCCGGGGCCGCGGGGCCUGCGCUGGGCCCUGGGCCCGCUGGGGCUCUGCUGGGCCCUGCUGGGCCCCGCCACCGCCACCACCAACAUCGUCCUGCUGCUCAUGGACGACAUGGGCUGGGGGGAUUUGGGAGCUUUCGGAGAGCCUUCUAAGGAAACCCCUAACCUAGACCAGAUGGCUGCAGAAGGGAUGCUGUUCCUGGAUUUUUACACUGCCAGCCCCCUCUGCUCUCCCUCAAGGGCAGCCCUGCUGACGGGCCGGCUCCCGGUCAGGAAUGGCUUUUACACCACCAAUGGACAUGCCAGGAACGCAUACACACCACAGGACAUAGUAGGAGGAAUCCCAGAUUCUGAAUUACUGCUUCCAGAGCUCCUGAAGAAAGCUGGUUACACCAAUAAGAUCAUUGGCAAAUGGCACUUGGGGCACAGGCCCCAGUUCCACCCCCUGAGGCACGGCUUUGAUGAGUGGUUUGGGUCCCCAAACUGCCACUUCGGGCCCUACGACAGCACCGAGCGCCCCAACAUCCCCGUGUACAGGGACUGGGACAUGGCUGGCAGAUACUAUGAGGACUUCAAAAUUGAUCUGAAGACAGGUGAAGCCAACUUGACUCAGCUCUACCUCCAGGAAGCUCUGGAUUUUAUUAGCAAGCAGCAGGCCAGCCAGCAGCCAUUCUUUUUAUACUGGGCAAUUGAUGCUACCCACGCUCCUGUUUAUGCCUCCAAACAGUUCCUGGGCACGAGUCAGAGAGGGCUGUAUGGGGAUGCUGUGAGGGAGAUCGAUGACAGCGUUGGGAAAAUCCUGAAGCACCUCCAGCAGCUGGGCAUCAGUGAGAACACCUUUGUGUUCUUCACCUCUGAUAACGGGGCUGCUCUCAUUUCAGCUCCCAAGCAAGGAGGAAGCAAUGGGCCUUUCCUGUGUGGCAAACAAACCACCUUCGAGGGUGGCAUGAGGGAGCCGGCCAUCGCCUGGUGGCCCGGCCACAUCCCUGCAGGAGGGGUCAGCCAUCAGCUGGGCAGUGUGAUGGAUCUGUUCAGCACCAGCCUCUCCCUGGCGGGUCUGCAGCCUCCCAGUGACAGACAGAUUGAUGGCAUCGACCUUUUACCUGUCAUCCUGCAGGGCAAGCUAAUUGACAGGCCCAUUUUCUAUUAUCGUGGCAACGAGCUGAUGGCAGUGAGAGCUGGGCUGUACAAAGCUCACUACUGGACCUGGAGCAACUCCUGGGAGGAGCACAGCAAGGGCAUCGAUUUCUGUCCUGGCCAGAGCGUGGAUGGAGUGACCACACACACCCAGGAGGAGCACACCUACCUGCCCCUGCUCUUCCACCUGGGCAGGGACCCUGGGGAGAAGUACCCCUUGAGCUUUGCCAGUGAGGAGUACCAGCAGGCUGUGGAGCACAUCUCAGGGCUGGUGCAGCAGCACAAGGCCACCCUGGUGCCAGGCCAGCCCCAGCUGAACGUGUGUGACCAGGCUGUCAUGAAUUGGGCCCCUCCAGGCUGCGAGAAGCUUGGGAAGUGCCUGAAAGCACCAGAGUCUGAUCCUAAGAAAUGCUCUUGGCCUCACUGAUGGCUGCAGCCCUGCAGAGCUGCCCAGAGGCAGCUGGACAUGCAGCGUGCAAUGCCUGCUCCUGUUGGCACUCCUGUUUACACAGGAAGGGUGUGAUGUGUGCAUGAUAUCAUCACUUGCUCUUCCAAAAGGGCCAGUGUUUAUAUUCCUCAUGCUCAGGGUUUAGCCUCUACUCCUCUCUUGCCCCAGCUCUUUCCCUAAAUGGUAACUCCAGUGAGGAUUGGGUCAGCUGGAAAAGCUCUCUGGACUCUGCCAUCAGCUCCAAAAUGCCCUGGAUCACUCCUGCUCCUUCUACCCAGCCUUGCUCACUCAGCUGCCCCAACAGGAGCCACGGGACAGGUCAGGAAACUCAGAGCUGCCAGAGAGCCCUGCCCAAACUGCCCAUGUUUUGUUUGCCUGUAGCUUGUUGUUUUAACAUUUCAUUUCCAUUGUGAACUCUGGACAUCAGGUUGUUUUUCCUUUCUCCCCAAAUCUGUGAGUUCUGGGUGCAAACCAGGGAUCCCUCCUGCUCACAGCUGGGGGGUUUGGAUCCAGGGAGAAUGCCCUGAGUUCCUUCCAUGUGUAGCUGCAAACAUUCCCCAGGCCAUGGUUUCAGGAAAGGUGGGGAUUGUGUUUAGGUGAGUGUUACUUUGGGGUUACAGCCCCUGCCAGUGCCUGAAGGAGCUCCAGGAGAGCUGGAGAGGGAAUUUGGGCAAGGGCCUGGAGGGUCAGGACACAGGGAAUGGCUCCCACUGCCAGAGGGCAGGGAUGGAUGGGAUAUUGGGAAGGAAUUCCUCCUUGUAGGAGUGGUGAGGCCCUGGCACAGGUUCCCAGAGCAGCUGGGGCUGCCCCUGCA